AUAUUACAGGGUCAUCAUCACCUUCAUGAGAAGAAGAAGACGAAUCGUCCUGAGGUGCCAGACUGCUGGACUUCUUAGUCUGUGUUCCCCGCUUUUGCUGAGAACUUCAAGCCCUCAAUAUUGACGUAUUAUGCUUGGAAAUACCAUCGGUUUGUCCGUACGUUUGUCCGCGAUGUUCAACCUGAUAAAAAUUCCGAAAAAAAUUCAGAGCCAUUCCCCUCUGUGAAGGGGAAGGACCAACGGAGCUGGAUCUAUGUAUAAAGAAAAUAAAAUAGAACAACACAACAAUUUGACUCAAAUAUGCACGCUGAAAUGAGUGAAACAGAAAUGUCCGUGGUUGAGCCGGAGUACUCAGCAGUUGCGCCGAGCACGGAACAACCCGGCGGUAACGACUCUCGGAAGAUGUGGGUUUGCCUGUGCUGCGUUGUUGUGGUCACCGUGGCGAUUGCCCUACUGGAAUUUUUGAUGGGCGGCCCAGAUGAUACGGAUGACGGCGGCGGGGAACCUGCUGAUAACGGCGGCGGCGACACUGGUGGCACUGGUGGUACUGCUGGCUCUGGUGGCCCUAGUGGCACUGGUGAUGUCCCUUACGCUAAACGUCCUGUUUCAAAACGUGGCGCCCAGCCCCAGAAAGAUGAGACUGCUCCCACUACGCCGAAACCGACUAGCAGCAUGCCAGCAGAAAUCAAUAGUACCCCAAGUACUACUACAACUACGAAUACAACUACGACGACAAAUGCGACGACACCGACGACCCCGCCCCUGAUGUGCUCGGUCAGCGAAACGGCCAUCCAGCCACAUAUGUACCCGGAUGACGGCAUCUGUGACAUCCUCAUCUUCACUCACUUGGUAAUACUAAACGUCAUAUUGGAGCCUCUCGUUUAUCGAGAGAGUUACACCAUGUUCCAGAACCUCUGUGUUUCGCGGUAUUCGAAGACGAGUGGUGGGAUAUCGUUCGACGCAAGGUACAUCAAGCAUGGCCAGUUGACGAAAGAUAUAAUACGAAGCCUCCAAGGGAUUCGAAAGCAUAAUAUCAAGCAUUAUGGCAUUCUGAACAUUUACGGCAAUGUCCAAGAUGUCUCGAAGUAUUCAGCGGAUUUCGGGGUUAUAAGCAAGGUAUUUCAGUCGCUCAUCGGAGACUCGAACUGGGGAGUAUCGUCGCACAUUAUCCUCGGUUUCGGAAUAGACCGAUAUGACGCCCCCAACGCUCAUAGUGCUCUUCAACAUUAUGCGGAGCAGAACACUCCGAACGACGUGACCAUCGUGGUUUUCAUUACGUGCAUAUUGACAAUGCCGGAUCGCUUCUAUUGCAAAGCCUUGCCCACUAAUGCGUGGAUGUCUCCGGAUAAAGCUACUUCACAGUUGGUGGAGUUUCUGCCGCUAAAAGGUUCCGCGUUCACAACGAAUGCAAGUAUAGUGGCGUUUGCGAUCCAGAUGGGCGUGCUGAACUACAAUAUGAGCAAAACCUAUCUAAAGCCGACUGAUGCGGUCUACAAUAAAUGCGGCGGCUUUACCAUGUCGAGUGUAUCACAGGCAUGCGAGCAACAGGACGUGGAACUGCUAAGAGAAAGGACCAUGGCUGGCAUCAGCAGUGUUCGAGGGACGACUUACUUCUACACCUAUGAAACAGCGCAUACCUUGAUAUCCAAGGCUGAAUUGACUAUGAAGAGCAAGGACAGAGAGCACAGGUUCAGUUGGAUUUUGCUCAACGUGCACCUAACCGACGUCACUAAGCGCUGCUUCACUGGAGGUCCCUUCGAACGCUUGAAGGAGUUCAGGAAAUUCUGCUAUGAAUAUAGUCAGAAGUUUGUUUCGGGAUAGGCUUCCACGUCAGGAGCAGUCUACGUCGACUUCAUGAAGAUUGUGACGCUAUUCACUCCUUAAUUAACAAAAACAUAGUCGGCUUACUGUUGUAGAACAAUAAAUACAA